AUGGUGAGGAGAGAAAAGGGAGAAAUGGUGCUUUACGUGUUUGGACGGCAUGGUGCAAUUGCCCUGGAGCCCAGGGUGGGUGUCCUGGUGACUCCAGGGUUGGACAGGAACGCCAGCGCCGUGGGCACAGAGGGUCAGCACAGGAGCCCCCACCAGAAGAUGGAAAAUAAGCAGGAGGAGAAGGUCCAGGAUCCUGACAGAGUGGAGGACGACACCAAGACAGACAUGGGGAGAAAAACCUGGGCAGACUUGUCUGGGGAGAUGAAGAUGUUCCUGUGGAACCCAGAGGAGAGAACGUGUAUGGGGAGAACAGCCAAGAGCUGGGGCUUGAUCUUACUGUUUUACUUCAUUUUCUACACGUGCCUGGCAGGAAUGUUUGCCUUUUGCAUGUACGUGAUGCUGCUCACACUGAGCCCCUACACCCCCACGUACAGGGACCGUGUGUCUCCACCGGGAGUAAUGAUCAGACCGUACUUGAAUGGGUUCACCAUUGCCUUCAAUGUUUCUCAGCCCAGCACGUGGCAACCCUAUGUGGACAGCAUGCAUCACUUCCUAGCAGCUUAUGAUGACAAAGUUCAAGAGGAGAAGAAUAUCGAGUGCAUCUCAGGACAGUACUUCAUCCAAGGGGGCAAUGAAAGUGAGGAGAAGAAGGCCUGCCAGUUCAAGCGCUCGCUGCUGCAGAACUGCUCUGGCAUUGAGGACCCAACGUUUGGAUACUCUAAAGGCCCGCCUUGCCUCCUGCUGAAGAUGAACCGGAUCAUAGGCUACCGCCCUGGCGCUGGGGUCCCCGUGAGCGUGGACUGCAAAGUGCAGAAAGGCAAUGACAGUCAUCUCAGAUCGGUGGACUUCUACCCUGGAAAUGGGACAUUUGAUCUCAUGUAUUAUCCCUACUAUGGCAAGAUCACUCACGUCAACUAUACAUCCCCACUGGUAGCUAUGCACUUUACAGAUGUGAAGAGGAAUUACUUGGUACCUAUUCAGUGCAGUCUGAAUGGAAAAGGUAUUAUCAACGAUGUUAACAGCGACCGCUUCCUGGGCCGAAUUAUCUUCACUCUCAACAUUGGAAAGUAG